GAGGAUAUAGUUGAAUUAAAUGAUUUAAUUAAACAUUCUUUUUCCCUAGACUCCAUAGGAAUUUCAACCUUACGCCGUGAAAAUAGCGAUCAUUUAAGGGCGUUGCAGGUACUAGAAGAUACAGCGCGCCUUAUCGGGAAUCAAUGGGAGGUUGGUCUGCCGUUCAAGAAGGACGUAUUCACCAUGCCAGAUACACGCGAAGCUGCCUUUACGCGACUACAGUCUUUAAUGCGUUGAUUUGCUAAAGACAACGCGUACGCAGAUCGCUACUGAAUGGAGGUAAACAAGCUGUUUGCCGCUGGUUAUGCACGUGAGCUCAAGAAAAAUGAACUUUCGGCCGACCGCAUAUGGUAUCUCCCGCACUUCGGAAUUCAAAAUCCCAACAAACCUGAACGUUCACCGUAGUGGCGUGGAUUGGAACUGCCACAUCCGACCGGAGGAGCAUGCGUGCUGGGUAAGGUGGCUCCACGAGCUUAAACUACUAGCAUCGCUGCGCAUACCACGGCACUACGCAGACGCGGGAGCAUGGACGCGAUGCUAUGAUGAUUCGGCGGAUGGGGUAAGUGACCCCACUAUUAUAAGUACCGAAUUGCAUGCCUUUUGCGAUGCCAGCAGUAAGGCGUAUGCCGCUGUUGUUUAUUGGCGUCUUGUUCGCUCAGAUGGAACUCUGAAUGUAUGUUUUGUGGCGAGUAAAAGCAGAGUGACCCCUCUUCGCCCGGUAUCCAUACCGAGAUUGGAACUUCAAGGUUGUUUGCUCUGCUCGUCUUGCCGCCACAAUACAGAGCGAGCACAAAGAUAUUAAGCCAAAUAAGAGGUAUUUUUGGACGGAUUCAAAUACCGCCCUCCAAUGGAUUCGCAGUGACCCAAGGGACUAUAAACCAUACGUCGCUCACCGCCUUGGUGAGAUUGACGAGUUGACCACAGCGUCAGAGUGGCGUUACGUGCCCACGGCCUUAAACAUAGCCGAUUUGGCCACUCGUGAGGAUGCGCCACCUCUGCAGUUCGAUGAUGUAUGGUUCCAGGGGCCUAGGUUCUUGCGUGAACGCGAAAGUGAGUGGCCCAAGGAUCUCAAGAGUUCUAAGCAGCUCGAGGACGCGCUCUGUGAACGUAAGGUUAUUAAUGUCGUGUCCUCGGCCGACUGUACUAGCACGUUGCCGGUACCUAACGAAAAUAAUUUUUCGUCGUGGAUUCGAUUACUUAUGACAACUGCACGGGUAUUACUAUUUAUUAAAAAAUGUCAACGUAAAUGCAAUCGAAUCGACACCGAGCUGUUACAAUCGGCAGAGGACCUGUUGAUAAAAAAAUGUCAACAUGAUUCUUUUCUUUCAGAAAUUGAUUGCUUAAAGAGAAAUAAGCCGUUAUCGAAAGAUAGCCGGCUACUGCAGUUAACACCUUAUCUUGACGAUGCGGGCCUACUACGGGUAGAAGGCCGCAUCGACAAGAGUGUGGGUGUCAAGGAGUCUACGAAGAGGCCAGUGAUUCUUGAUGGCAAACAUCGAAUCACCAGACUGCUUGUAGAACACUACCACAGACUGGCACUGCACAGAGCUCAAGAACUAGUCGUUAAUGAGUUAAGGCAACGCUAUUGGAUUCUGCAACUGCGACCAACUGUGCGCGCAGUCGCAGCUCAUUGUCUACUGUGCAGAUAUCGUCGCGCCAUGCCGCAGCCGCAGCGCAUGGGUGACCUGCCAGCUGCCCGGCUGCAGCACAACCGUCGUCCGUUUUCGUUCACCGAAAUUGACUUUUUUGGCCCAAUGGAGGUCACAGUAGGUCGUGGUAGACAAAAUCGCUACGGCAUGUUAUUUACGUGUCUGACAGUUCGAGCCGUUCACGUUGAAAUAACGGAAAGUCUUACCACUGAUUCGACCAUAAUGGGUUUAAGACGGAUGAUAGCACGCAGAGGUACCACUACCGUGAUAUACUGCGAUAAUGGGACAAAUCUUAAAGGCGCUGACUUAAAACUGAAGCGCAGUAUCGCUGAACUAGACAGCGAUGCGCUGCGCAAUGAUGGACUCGUGAGAGGAAUCGAGUGGAAAUUCAUUCCUCCAGGCGCUCCAGAGAUGGGAGGAGCGUGGGAGCGCAUGGUGCGCACUGUAAAAUCAUCCCUGCGAGCUAUACUUAAGGAACGCGCACCACGCUCAGAGACGCUCUCAACAUUGAUGGCCGAGGUUGAAGCCCUGGUCAACAGUCGUCCGAUCACGUACGUAUCGACGGACCCUAAUUAUCCGGAAGCUCUGACGCCCAAUCAUUUUUUGAUUGGCACGUCAUCAAACGGACCAGCUUUUGGUAAGUACGACAACGAGGAUCUCCAGCUGAAACGUCAAUGGCGGAUAGCACAACGUCUAACUGAUAUGUUUUGGGCACGUUGGCUCACGGAGUACUUGCCAACACUUCCGCGACAGAAGUGGACGCGCGACAGGCGUUCCUUACACGUAGGAGAUUAUGUAAUUUUAGUCGAACCUAACUUAGAUCGUGGAUCAUGGCGGCACGGAAUAGUGAGUGCGACACACGCCGGUACUGACGGACGUACUCGCGUGGUCGAUGUCCGCACGCGCACCGGUAUUUUACGCCGUCCCGUCACACGCGUCGCCUUACUUGCACCAGAGAUGGCUCGUGAUGACUAGUCAUCACUAAGGGGGUGGGAUUGUAGGCGACGCAUAUAUUUUAUGUUAACUGUACUUUAGGUUUAUUAAUCUUUAUUGCUUUUGGUUAACUUUGGUACUUGUAAUGCCAUCUAGUGUAAACCAUUCUAAUUAAAGCUACUUAAAAACAAUGGACGGUAGCGAGCCCAAGUCAUGCGCUGCACCUAUAUGUAACGUAAGGUAGAAGUACAUUUCCAAAAUUCACACCCGCCGCGUUGACUCCUCGCUCGUACCACAGUUUUGGCCUUGUAUUUUGCGAAUUUACGUCUUUUAUUUAACCUGUCAC